AUGGCAGGUGAAAUAGUUUAUGCUGAUUUAAACAUUUUGGGAGCCACUUCCAGCCCAUUGCAUCCACCUCGGCACAUCAAUCACACUCAGAGUCCCCGCUGGCAUCGACUCGCUGCAGGGCUUGGAGCAGCUGGGAUCCUCAUCCUGCUGGGAGCUGUGAUAGCCAUGGGCGUUUGGGUUUUUCAGACCAAAGGAUCUCUGAAUCCACUGGAGAACAAGGGUACCAGGGAGACACUCAUCCAUCAAUCCAACUGCAGCACUGGCCUAAAAGAUUUCCAUUUCCACUUGAAACAAUUUGUGUGUGACUCAUCUCACAACAACUCAGCAGAGGGAUCAGGGUGCAAGCUCUGCCCCCCAAACUGGCUGCUGCACAGGGACAAGUGCUACUGGGUGUCUAAAGAAAAAAAUCCCUGGGACAAGAGCCGCGAUGACUGUUCAAGGAGGAGCUCUCGGCUGCUGGUGAUCCGGGACCAGGAUGAGAUGACUUUCAUUCAAAAUAUUUCCAAAGAUGCACAGCAGCUCUGGCUUGGACUCACUGUUACAUCCUCCGCGAGGAAUUGGACUUGGGUGGACGGCUCCGUGUUCAAUCCAACACUGUUCAAGGUACUGGAUCCUGCUGAAGAGAACAGCUGCGGGGUGAUAAAAGCAGAUGGGGUUCAUUUUGAAACCUGCAGUGCCAUAUCUACAUGGAUUUGUGAAAAAGAUGCUCUCCAGAUAUAGACAGUGACAUUACCUGUAUUUUCGAUGUGUGAACGAGAAAUCUUCUUUAGUUUCAGUCUGUCCUAUAAACGAUGAAUAUUGAAGGGGAGCUUCAAACGGAAAAAUUGAGCUUGUGCCCUUCCACCUCCCCCCUGCUUUUAUAAGGUGGAUAAAGACAGCCUGAAAGGCUUUUCUUGCGUUUGAAAUUGAGGUCCUCUCUGGGCUGGAAGGUUAUAGUGAAGGGAGAACUAGUGAAAUGGCAUCACAAGUAGAGCUGGGGGUAAAUAUUUUAUGUGUCAAAAAAAUGCAGGUUUGGAUGAAACAAGACUAUUCACCAAUUGGUGUUGAAUUCACUGAAUAGUUUCAGGCAAAAUAAAAUAAUAAUUAAAAAAAAAAUCCAGGCUAGGUUCACAAGAGGACUGGAGGAGGAGACAGCAGCUAACUCCAUCCAAUAGCCAAGUGGUUCGUGCACCAGAUUUGAAUUCCUUCUCUGGAACACUGCUAAUAGAUUAGUCGUAUAUAUCUAGACGUGGCUAACCAAUUUUAGGACAGUUUUGUGUCAGCAACAGAAUCCAUUCCCAGGAAAGAGCUCAACGUACGUAAUAAGCAGAUAUGAGUAAGACAAAUAUAUUGCAGAGCAAAGUUACGCAGUUCAGACAACUUCAAAAAUCUAAAAAGCUGCAGAGAAGGCACCUAACUCAAGCAGCAACAAUCUACCCUCUGGAAUUUGCAAUAAUUAGCAUUUUUUUUAAAUUAACAGCCUGGACAUUCCAACACUGCAGUGUAUUUAUAAAAGACACGUAAGAAAAUAUUUUACAUUCAAAAGUGCCUUAAAGAAAUCUAUCCCUGAAGUGCAGCCUGCGGAUGUGAAAAUCAGCAGUCAGUGACCAGGGGCAGCACAAAAGUUUAGGCAGGGAGGGGAA